UGGUUGUUGUGGUUAUUUUAUGUUUACAUUGUAUUGAGUGUCAAUAAAGAAACGGUUUAUAAUUUUCUCGGAUAUUUAUACCUAUAAAAACAUACAGAAUUGAUCUUACAGAAGGCUUUAAGGACAAUUUAAAGUCUGUACCAAUGUAAUGAAAAAACAAUGAAGUUAGUGUGUAGUGUUUGUGUGGGAAAUAGAUUACUUCCAGUUUUAGCUGUUAAUACCAAAAGAAGACAUGUGAAAUCAACAAUUGCUCUCUGUAAAACUCCUAAUUCAUCAAAUUUUUGCAUUCUGCUGUUUUCCGGCCAAAAUAAAACUGGUACAAAGUAUGCCAUACGAGAUAAUAUUAUUCAAGUUCUAACACGUUUUCUGAAUGAAGGAAAGGUCACAAUUAAGUUUAAAGAGCCACAGCAUGAUUUGUAUAUUCAAGCAGAUAGUAUUCAGUUAAAAAGUUUUCUUCACCUUUUAAAGUUAAUCAUUCAAAAUAAAAUGGAUGAAACAGACUUGAAAGUAUCCAGUGUUGGUGUAACACCAGUAAAUCUAAAGAAUCAUGCACCAAAAACAUUAACAAUUACCAAAGCAUCAGAAUACCCAGUUAAGGGUUUACCAAGAACUUUAGAAGAACUGCAUAUAAAUGAUAUUAAUAAAUGUUCAUUGAACCGAGGUAUAUGGCAAUUAGCCAAACUUAAAAUUCUUGAUUUAAGUCACAAUUGCAUUGAGUUUUUACCACCUGAAGUAAAGAACAUGCCAUCACUUUCUGAGUUAAAUUUAUCUCACAAUGAACUUGGAACAUCUUCAUUAAGACAAUGGAAUUGGAUAGGGGGGCAUCUAUCCAAAAAUUUGAAACUGUUAAAUUUGAGUAAUAAUAAACUUCGUUAUUUACCACUACAUAUUAGUAAACUAUAUUCGUUAAUAAUUUUGAAUGUUGAUAAUAAUGAACUAAAGGAACUACCAUCAGGAAUUGGAUGUCUACAGAAUUUAAAAACUCUUACAGCAUCAAAUAAUUUACUGACAUAUCUACCAGGAAGUAUGAAAAAUCUACAAAUUCGUGAUUUAGACUUAUCAAAUAAUCAGUUUGUUGUGGAACAUUUGAACAAUCCAAUUAAUAUUAGUGUUAAGCAUCUUCCUAUGUCUUCUUUAAAAGAGUUGUCAGCUCAAAAGUUUCUUGCUCUCAAAGUACCUUAUGCUUCUGACAUGUUGCCAUUAACUCUUUGUGAUUACCUAGAUUUAGCAAAAUUUUGUAUUUGUGGUAAUGCUUGCUUUAAUACUUAUAUUAGACAAAAUAUUUUAUUACGGUUAAAUUCUAUAGCUGAAAAAGUUAGCAUAUCACUUAAUGGUAUAACUACUGUUCCAAUAGAGUGCUGGUUUUGUUCUUUAAAAUGUAGUAACAGUAUAAAACUUCGACGUCAAAGAAGCUGUAUCAUCUGAUAGGACGCAUUCGACUUCAGUUAGUACACAGGGGGAAAGUAAACUGUUUUCUUGCUUUUUUUUUUAUUAUAUCAGCAUCUAACACUCCUGAAAGAAGACAGUUUAUUUUCUCCACUUAAAUAAAAUACAAAGAAAACAUUUGAUUGUUCUAAUAAAUAGUUUUGGUACUCAAUGUUUUUAUUGAACAAAUUUGCUUAUACAGGUUGACUAUUUUUCGAAGGAUUUCGUGGGUUUUUCGUGGAGAGAGUGAAAUGUGGAUUACUCUAUAAUUUUUGGUACUUUCCAAUAAUAACAAAGAUGUAAGGGUUACAUUACAAUUAGAGAAAAAUAUUUGCAUGUAGGUUGAGAAUUGUUUGGAAAAUUCCUGAGGUCAUCAAAAACAUUUUUGCCUAACUCUCUAACUUUAUUCCCACGAGAAAUCUGUGAAUACAAUCGGAAAAUAACAUUUAAAAUAAUUUUAUAAAUUAAUAGAAAAUUACUGACUGAAGUUGAUACUUUUUUUUAUAAAAUAGUAAUAAUAACGUUUUCUUAUUUAAAGCACCUUCAGUGGAUAUGUUAUUUAAAACGUUUAUACACGCAGCAUAUUCAUUUUUAAUGUCUCUUAAACUGCCACAUGUGUCAUAUAUAAUGAAUGUUUUAAAAUAAUUCUUUUAUAAUAAGUAUUAUAUGUUUUUAU